ACGCAGCCACAGCUUCACCGAGACAAACCCGGAAGACAUGUUUGUUUAUUUCGGUAAAAGUCCAUGCAAAUUUCUUUCUGCAGUUUUUAUUCUGAGGAGCUCUUUGGCGAAUUUAAACAUGGGAAGCAAGUCGGUUUUGCCCACAAAAGAACAAGCUCUUAAAGGCAGAGAGGAGAAAAUGGUUGUGGCAGCGAAGCAUGCAGCCACAGGGAAGCCCACAGUGGAGCCGUUUCCUGAUGGGACAGACAUGAUCAUGUUUGGUAUGGGCUGUUUUUGGGGUGCAGAGAGACGCCUCUGGAAUGUUCCUGGUGUGUUCUCUACUCAGGUGGGUUACGCAGGUGGAUUCACCCCCAACCCCACCUACAAAGAGGUGUGUACAGGUCUGACUGGUCAAGCAGAGGUGGUGCGAGUGGUUUACUUUCCUAAAGACGUGAGCCUGGAGAAACUGCUGAAAGUGUUCUGGGAGAGCCAUGACCCCACUCAGGGUAUGGCUCAGGGGAAUGAUAAAGGUACACAGUAUCGUUCUGCUAUCUACACAUACAGUCCUGAACAGCAGGAGCAAGCCAUGAGGAGUAAAAAUGCUUACCAGCAGGUUCUGAAGCAGAAAGGUCUGGGUGAAAUCACCACAGAAAUCAGACAGGACACUGUCUUCUACUACGCUGAGGAUUAUCAUCAGCAGUACCUGCACAAGGUGCCUGAUGGUUACUGCGGGUUAAAGGGCACCGGGGUCACCUUCCCUCUCUGCUCCAACAAGGAUGAGCUUUAACUCCGAGGCCACUGGGGAUCACGUCUGCUUUUCUCGCUCAGGAUGUACCCCUGCUUGACCCCAAAAGUGGAAAGAGAGAGAGCGAGAAAGAGAGAGAGAAAGAAAACUGCACAUAAACAUUUAAUUCCAAUCCAUUUUAAAAUGCUGUGCAUACUGAAACACUUAUAAUCUAAUUUACUUCUAAAAUUCCUGCCCAAGUUUAAAGAAUUACAAGUUUCUAGUGGGAAAUAGUUUCUCCCUCUGAUUAUCAGCGUUCUGCACGUCAGUCUCCAUCUCAGCACACGAGGUCAAAGGCUUUUAAACUCGAGUCUUGUCUUCAUCUGUUCAGAAAUAAUCACUCAAUCAUUCAGUCAGUCGUCGUGGUGAUUUCACUCUGCCACAUAACCAUUCAAAAUAUUCAGUUGUGAAGAAAUCGCACUUGGAGGGUUUAAGGUAUCAGUUAAACUGGCUCCUUAAACACCAAGACUCGACUCGGGAGAGUUUUAGGGUGUUUUCACACUUGUUCCCUUUUAACCAUCUAACCGAACUCAGAUCCAUGACUCAGCAUUUUUUGCGCAUAUGUGAACACUCCAACCGUACCCAGACCCCUUUAAAGCGAACCAAACUGAGGGAGGUGGUCUCAGUACGGUUCGCCUAAUCUGUGCAUUGUGAACAAAAAGCGCACCGGGUUCACUUCGCCUUUUUCACUGUAGUUUAAACUCCUUCGUUUGCCGUAGUUGGUCACGUGACUGUAGCAGGGAAACUCAACUUCCUUUUGGAACUUACUACAGCCGCUUUACAGUUCUCUGAACUUACUGACUGAUGAGUCGGCCACAAUAAUAUAACUAUAUUAUAAAUAUAGUUUUAUAUAUAUAUAUAAAAUUUAUUUUCCUUAAUCCGCACUAUUUUGAUCAAAGAAUACAGCAGGGCAAGCAUGGCAGCAGACAUUUUGAUUCAAGAGAAAAUUACCCAGAAUUCCGUGCACUGGGGGUCUGAGGGCUCUAGAGGACCUGGUGUGAACAGAAAGAGGACUGAGGCCCCAUCAAAGCUCAACUGGACCAGAAAGAGAACCCAGUCCUCUUUGUAAUAAAUUCACAGUGUGAACACAAAAAGAACUGAGUUCUUUUUCUGUUGGUCCACUUUUUGGUCCACUUAAAGAGGACUGAGUCUGGUUCCUUUAAAGGGGACCAGGUGUGAAAACACCCUUACUGUUCAUCCGUCUGUAGACCUGAAUACAGCACACUGAAAUCCUGUUUCCCUCCGACUCCCCAUGGUGCAUUUACACAGCAAACCGAACAGAGUUAGAAAGCAACAGAAGAGAUGUCAGAGUACAGUGCUUUCCACAAUUAUUGGCACCCCUUGUAAAGAUUCAGUCAAAAGGGUUUUUAAAAAAUCCAUCUUUUGGUGAAGUCGCUUCAUCUCACAUUGGGAAAAAAAAAUGGAAGAAAUAUCCAACCUCUAGUUGAAAUAAAUUUAUUCAGUGAGAAAUAAUUAUUUUCAACAAAACUACACAUGCCACAAAUAUUGGCACCCCAGAAAUAAUAGUGAGCACAAUGUAACUGAAGCAGGUUUCCCAUUUAAAUUGUGAUCUUUGUUUUUGAGUUGAUUGGCGUAUGUAGGAACUUUUCAAGCUGUAAUCCAUGACUUCCUGAUUAACUGGGGAACAAAUAUGAGGUGACAAAUCGAGAGGCCAAAUUCCUUCAACAUCAACAUGGGAAAGAUAAGAGAAAGAUGAGAGAGAACAUGCAAACCAAAUGAGGGAGAGGAGUGUUGACCUUCAUAACUGUGGUAGAAAUGCCCCUUGAACUUUGGGACUUGAACCCAGAACCUUCUUGCUGUGAAGUGAUUGCGUUAACCACCUUGCCACCCCAGCACAAGUGUUUAUGUUUAAAAUAAUUAUUUCUUGAUGAAGGCUUUGUUUUUCUCUUAAUAAAUUUAUUUCAAUUAA